AGUAGUAUAAAAGGCAAUACCCCUAUCAGCUUAGCUAUAAUGUCGGAUAUCGUCAUACGCCAGAUUACCCCUGAAGUCACCAUAUUUUCGCGGCCAUUCACGCGCUUCUUUGGCCUAUUCCCAAUGGGCGGUCGCUCGACCGCUGUGAAGUUGUCCGAUGGCUCCGUCUGGGUAGUCGCAUCUACACCCUUGAGUCCGGAAACGAAGGAAACCGUUGACAAUAUGGGAAUCGUCAAGUACAUUAUUGCACCUGAUGUUGACCACCACCUCUUCUUGUCCGAAUGGAAGAAAGCCUACCCCGAAGCUCGACUAAUCGGUGUUCAGGGUCUUCCCGAUAAGAUGGAGUCUCAUCGUUGGAAGUACGAUGGGUUGUAUGGAAUUGACUCUUCUGAGACAAGAUACGGUUUUGAGGACGAGAUCCAAUCUUGUUAUUUCUCCGGCUUCUCAAAGAAAGACGUCGCUUUCCUUCACAUUCCAUCAAAAACUCUCAUAGUCGCAGACCUCAUAUUCAACCUACCAGCGAACGAGCAGUUCUCCAAAUCCAAGACAUCUUCCAAGAUCCCAUUCUUAUUCCCAAAGCUUGAACCGUAUGGAAAGGCGAUGAGAGACUUUGUCUGGGGUGAAGGCAAGAACAAGGAUGAGAUGCGAAAAGACGCGAAGACUGUCGCAAGUUGGGACUUUGAACGAAUCAUCCCUUGUCAUGGAGAUGUGAUCGAGAACGACGCGAAGAAAGCUUGGGAGUCUGCUUAUUCUCGUUAUCUUUCUUGAGUUCUGGCUCGAGGUCCUAUUGCACCCACUCAUGAACGUCGAAAACUUGACUGGUCUCGGUCACUGCAUGUUUAGCAUAUGAUCCUCAUUAUCGUACAAGGGUCCUCAGACUCGGAACACGGUCUCGUAGGGGGCAUGAGUACAAGAGACAUGCCUCGAAUGAUAAAGUUAGGGCAUCGAACGAAUUCUCACUUCUCACUUUCUCUCU